GGGCAAUCGCGUGCUUCCGGGCUACAUUCACUGCUUCCUGUUCUGCCUCCGUAAUUCGUCGCAAGCAAAGCUUCUAGUCUGGCUCCUUGUUUCUCCACAGAACGCAAAAUUAUCUGAAAUUAGGGUUUCUCGGAGAUGGCAUUGUGUGGCCGAAUUAGAUCAGGCAUCUCUCUCGUCAACAAAUUGACGUAUUUAGUUCCGAUGCUAUCUACCCAGAGAUCCAGACUUCACCGAUCCCUGAUCACCCCUUUCAGUUCCUUGGUGCCACUGGCCUUGUUUGGAGGCUCAGGAAACUAUGCAUCUGCUUUGUAUACUGCAGCAGUUAAAGCUAAUGCAUUGGAAAAGGUUGAGUCUGAGAUUCUUGACCUUGUUGCGGCAACAAAGAAUAGUCCUAAAUUUGCACAGUUUACAAAGGACUUGUCUGUGCCUAAAGAUACCAGAAUUAAGGCGAUGCAGGAAAUUUCUAAGGAUGCUAAAUUUUCAGAUAUUACGAAGAACUUCCUUGUUAUCUUGGCUGAGAAUGGGAGGCUAAGAAAUUUAGAUACCAUAGCAAAGAAGUUUGCGGACUUGACAAUGGCACAUAAGGGAGAAGUGAAAGCCAUUGUGACCACUGUGAUUCCACUUCUCCCUCAAGAAGAGAAGCAACUGAAAGAGACCCUUCAGGAGAUCAUAGGUGCAGAAAAGGUUCUUAUUGAACAGAAGAUUGAUCCUAGCAUCCUUGGUGGUUUAGUGGUAGAAUUUAACCAGAAAGUCCUAGAUGUGUCAAUUAAGACUAGGGCAAGCCAGAUGGAGCGGUUCCUCCGAGAGCCCAUAAACAUUGGCGACAUCUAGAAGGAAGCAAUUUCCUUCUGACAUUUGCUUUCAUCUGUAACAAUUACCAUGAACGGUUCGAGAAGGAGAUGAAGUAAUCUUGUUUUUAUAUAUUUCUCUGAUCUGGAUUUGUGGGACAAUGCAGAUCUUUUUUGCAAUAAAAGCUACCUCUUCCAAACUUCUCAUGAUACCUCAUUGUCCUUUCUAUGGGAUUAGUAUAUUUUGAUUUGGCCUUUUGAGUUU